AUGGCCACUGACGUCAUUGAGGCUUGGGUUGCCGAGAACCGCAAGGGGGCUGCUGAUGACACCGCCGAGGCGGAGGGGGCUAUCCAGCCGGCCGAUGUGCUGUCCAGGCAGAUGCUUGAGUGCACAGCUACUGAUUUGGCGCUCGAGGACACCAUCUAUGCGCUUGACAAGGCUGUGCAGGAAGGAUCGGUGCCGUUCGACGGCUACCUCAGGAGCGUGCGCGCACUUGCACGGGAGCAGUUCUUCCAGCGUGUCCUCUGCACCAAGGUUAACAAUGCGCAGCAGCAGGCACAGGUUGCUAGGAUGGCAGCACGGGCACCACAGUACGCCUCCUAG